AAAACACUGCGUCUCAAUCCCAAUGACAAGAUUUUCCCCCCUAUGAAAUUUACCGGACACUCGCUGCCUUCUCCCAUCAGUCUAGGUCAGCCCAUUUCUCUCUAUCGCUCCACAAAUCUCCGUCCAAAAGACUCAAAUUCUCCCUACUCCAUAUAAACGACACCCUUCUAUUGAUAAAACGUCACCGUCCACCAUUCCUGGCCAUCCCCCAAAGACAAUCAUGCAAUUAUGCCUAUACUCUCUAUCCCCUCCAUCUCCUCCUUCCUUCUCUCCAUCUCUCAAGAAUCACAACCAUUGACUUUUUGGCGUCAAAAUCUUGAUUCGUAGUGGAAAAGAGUACCUUUUUUUUUUCGAGAAAAGAAGAAAAGAUGGAGCAAGCAGUUCUUGAUGAUAUAAUCGAGAGGUUAUUAGAGGUUAGAGGGAAACCUGGGAAGCAAGUUCAGUUAUCAGAGUCAGAGAUCCGGCAACUUUGUGUGGUGUCUAGAGAGAUUUUCUUGCGCCAGCCUAAUUUGUUGGAGCUUGAAGCACCCAUCAAGAUUUGUGGUGAUAUCCAUGGUCAAUAUUCUGAUCUUCUAAGGCUAUUUGAAUAUGGUGGUUUCCCUCCAGAAGCAAACUACCUAUUUUUGGGGGACUAUGUGGAUCGAGGCAAGCAAAGCCUGGAGACAAUAUGUCUUCUCCUUGCUUAUAAGAUAAAAUAUCCAGAAAACUUUUUCCUCUUGAGGGGAAACCAUGAAUGUGCUUCAAUAAACCGCAUAUAUGGUUUUUAUGAUGAGUGUAAGAGAAGGUUUAAUGUUAGGAUAUGGAAGGCAUUUAUUGAUUGUUUUAAUUGCCUACCUCUGGCUGCACUAAUUGAUGAGAAGAUUCUCUGCAUGCAUGGUGGAUUGUCUCCGGAGCUAAAUAAUUUGGAACAGAUUCGAAACUUACAGCGCCCAACUGAUGUACCUGACUCAGGUUUACUCUGUGAUCUUCUCUGGUCAGAUCCUAGUAAAGAUGUUCAGGGUUGGGGGAUGAAUGACAGGGGAGUUUCAUACACAUUUGGUCCUGACAAGGUGGCAGAGUUUCUUCAGAAGCAGGAUUUGGAUCUCAUUUGCCGUGCCCACCAGGUUGUGGAGGAUGGAUACGAGUUCUUUGCCAACCGACAACUCGUAACUAUAUUUUCAGCGCCUAAUUACUGCGGGGAGUUUGAUAAUGCUGGUGCUAUGAUGAGUGUGGAUGAGACUUUAAUGUGCUCUUUCCAAAUAUUAAAGCCUGCUGAUAAGAAAUCAAAUUUUAAUCCUGGAAACUCUUCAACCAGAGUAGGUGUUUUUGGGAGCACCAUUACAGCCAAGCCUGGAAACUCUCCUCCAGGAGUCAAGUCCUUCCUUGGCACAAACGUAUGACUAUUGGAUUUCCACGUAGAGAUCAAGCUUAGUUGGAUCAAGAACACUCCGAGAUUCAAGGUCCAUUUAAUUUCCUUACUGUAUGCUGAAAAUGUAUAAAUUGGAGGGGGUGAGGGUGGGGAGUUAGAAUCUGAUGCAAAGAUUUUGCUUUCCUUAUGUAAAGUUGGGUUUGAAGAUAGAAGGCUGAGGUCUCCUCUUCUUGAUUGUACACUAAUAGCUGCUAGAAUUGCUGCUAUGGAUUGUUUC